AUGCUCAAUGCGGAAGUUGACGAGACGGCUCCAUCCAAUAUCGACAUGAACGAUACUGUCCAUCACAACAUGCGCAACUCUCCCGCCAGCUCCCUAAACGCUGCAGUGCACGCUGUAUCGCUCAUGGAAGAUGACGAACUCUUCAAUUGUGGCCGUGGUAGUGUGUUUACGUCUGCGGGUACGAUUGAGAUGGAGGCAUCUGUUAUGGUUGCGUCGCUACUUGAUGAACACAAUGUCUGUGAUUUCGAUGAGGGUGAGGCUAAGGGCUUGGCGUCGGAGCGAAUGCCGGGCUCUAUAAAACGCGGGGCAGGGGUAAUGCUCGUUCGCAAUGUGAGACAUCCGAUUCAGUUGGCGAGAGAAGUGUUGCUCAGGACAGGGUAUGGGGAUCAUGAUAACGCUGGUGGAGGCAAUAUGCAUUCGCAGCUUAGUGGGGAGAUGAGAGAUGGCGGGAAUAUGGGAGUGGGAGUGGGCGUGGAGGCAAGUGGCGAGAGCGAAAUUGACGAUGGGGAUGACCUGUAUUUGAGUCAGGGAACGGUUGGAUGUGUCUGUCUUGAUCGUUGGGGGAACAUUGCUGUCGCAACUAGCACUGGUGGUUUGACGAAUAAAUGUCCUGGUCGGAUUGGAGAUACUCCAACGCUGGGAGCGGGUUUCUGGGCGGAGGCGUGGGAUGUUGAAGCGGUGGAGCCGUUGACAAACAUUAGCGUAUGUCCCGGUGGCAGUAAUGGAUUGCGAAGCAGUAGCCAGCCAAAUAGGCAUUCAAUGAUUUAUCAAGCCCAUGAUGGAUAUACCAAUCUGCUUCCAUCGCAAUUCGGCCCUGCUACGACUACCAUCAGUUCUACGGCUGGGGUAGGAGCGCCGCGGCAGUCCGAUUUCAAUCCAAAUACCGUCCUCACAUUGCUCCGCGACUGCUUCUCUUCAUCUCUCCAACGACCAUUGGAAUAUACCAAUUUGGAACAACCUAAGUACGAUAUUGAAAAAAUUCCACUACCAAACCCUAAAUAUGGCCCGUACACAGACUCCGACACUCGGCACUGCGGCAUGCCACAGCGCCGACGAAUUGUCGCCCUCUCUGGUACAGGAAAUGGCGACUCCUUUCUCCGCACUGCAGCUACACGCACUGCAGCUGCUAUGGCACGAUUCUCAUCCGCUCAAAAGCCUGUCUCACUGAAACAAGCAGUUACUGCCGUUGCGGGACCGGGUGGGGAGUUGCAACGUUCGGCUGGAAGACGGUGGGGGAAGACGGGUGAAGGCGCGGGGGGAAUCAUUGGAAUCGAAGCGGAGGUGGAGAUUGAUGGGCAGAGACUGGGGGAGAAGUUGCGGAAGGGAAAAGUCGUGUUUGAUUUUAAUUCCGAGGGAAUGUUUCGGGCGUGGACGGAGGAGAAGAAUGGGAAAGACGUGGAGAGGAUGAUGGUUUUCCGGGAUGAUUACAAGUGA